UAACUAUUGGUUAGCAUCUCGACGUCAAUCGAUGUUUGACGUACGUAAAUUUAAAAAUACUUUGCUAAUGGCUCCACACAAGAAUGAUUUCAAAUACGGUUACUCAAAAUAAAACAGAUUGAAAGAAAAUCAUGCUUCAAGGCUUGUGAUUUUUGAUGAUUUGAAUCGAACUUGACAGUAUAAAGAGACACAGCAGGUAACAAUAAUCAGUGUUAGGCUCUUCUAGCUAAAGAGACGACAAUAUGCUGGGUUUACGCUCAAUAUUGGUUUUUGCCGUAGUACUAAUAAUUUGUUUCCAAAGCACUGCUGGAAAACACAACGACAAAUUAACAGAAAAAGAACUAGAAACUCUGGGGGAAAUUGAAAAACUAUUGAAAGAAAGAGAAAAAGAAACUGUACAGAAGAAAAGUGAAGAUGCCAAGAUUUUGGUGAAAGAAGCCUUUGAAACAUGCAUAGAAGAAUUUAAUAUGUUCAGAGAAAGACAGAGACAGUUUAAAAUGGAGGGUCUUGAUGGAAAGCCAGAACGGAAAAGGAACAGACUAUUCAAGAGAAGUAAACGUUCAGAAGAAAUUCAGAAGAUUGGUCAUAUUUUGAAUUGUGCCAAGAAAACUUUGAUAAAGAAAACUGGAAAGACAUUAAAAGAACUAAGUAAUGAGGUAGAAAUCGCCAAAUGCUGGAAAGAUACUAUAAAGGAACUCGCUAAUCGCGAGAACUUACCGAAAAGACAUCAAUCUUCAAGGUCGAAAAGGAUGACACCAGUCGAAUGCAACAACAUUCCAGAUGUGAAUACAUACAGAACUAUUGAUGGCCAAUGUAACAAUCUGAAUAACCCUUUUUGGGGAGCAGAAUUUGAACAACAACCCAGAUUUAUAUCUGAAGUGUACGAAAAUGGCGUGGACAAACCCAGAACAAGCGUAAUCCCUGGAGAAGUUCUACCAAAUCCAAGAGAAUUGAGUAAUGCAGUGUUUGCUAGUGCAGAAACUGAUGUUAAUGAAAGUUUCAACACCCUUAUGAGUAUGAACUGGGGACAGUUUAUUGACCAUGAUAUAGUACUCACGCCACAAAUUACGGGUCAAGAUGGCGCCGAAAUAUCAUGCUGCGUAGAUGGCAAUGGUCCUGUUGAAAGGCCCGAAUGUAUGGCCAUACAAGUGGACGCUAAUGAUGAAAUAGGUAUAACAUGUAUGGAAUUUGUACGAUCGGCUCCAGCGGCUGCUGUUGAACUAAGUGAUGGAAAGCAGCUGACCAAUGUAAUAACAUCAUUCAUAGAUGGUAGCAUGGUUUAUGGCAGUUCACCAAGUCGGUUAGCAGCACUGAGAGAUGCAGGUGGCAAGUUGAAAGUAAAAUUAGCAGCCAAUGGAAAUUUGCUUCCUGAAGACUCCUCUGAUGACAGUAUUUGCUCUUUAACCGGUGAAGAUUCAGAUGACUAUUGUCAGUUAGCUGGUGAUGAGAGAGUUAAUAUUCAGCCUGGUCUUGGAUCCUUGCACUUGGUGUUUAUGAAAGAACAUAACCGCAUAGUUGAUCAAUUAAGAGCACGUCAACCCGAAUGGACUGAUGAUAAGCUGUUCAACGAAGCCAGAAAGAUAAUAGGUGCUAUUAUUCAACAUAUCACAUACAGCGAAUGGUUACAAAAUGUGUUUAUUGAUGACGUGAUAAUAGAGCGUGAUUUAGGACUUUUGCCUACAGGCUUCUUCAAUCAUUACGACAAUACAGUCAAUCCUGGAAUAACAGUUGGAUUUGCUACAGCUGCUUUUCGAUUUGGACAUAGUCAGAUACGAAGUCACAUAGCUCAUAUGGAUGCCGAUUACACUACUCUCACAGAGGAAACAAAAAUGGAGGUAACUCUUAAAAAUCCACACAUGUUGGUUGAUGAAGCUGGAUCCAAGGUAUUGGAAUUAGUCCGAUUUAUGACAACUGUUCAAGGAGCUAAAGCUGAUGAGCAAUUUUCGGAUGCUAUUAGAAACAAAUUGUUCAACACGUCUUUAGAUCUUACGAGUUUAAAUAUACAACGAGGAAGAGACCAUGGUUUACCAUCAUACACAGAAUGGCGAAAAUGGUGCAAGCUUCCUGCUCCAGUUAAUAAUGACGAUUGGGCGAGCAUGACUUACAUAAAACGUAGACCAAGAAGAGAGUUAGAGAGAAUGUAUAAGAGUGUACAUGAUAUUGAUUUAUACGUUGGUGGCAUGUUAGAAUUAAGAAGUACAGCAUUAAACGGUGGCGGUGAUUUUACCUACGUAGGAGAGACAUUCGCUUGUAUCCUUAGCGAACAAUUUAAAAACCUAAGAAAUGGUGACAGAUUUUGGUAUGAACGAGCAGAACCUGAGGGUUUUAGUGCAAACAAACUUGCGGAAAUAAGAAAAGUGACACUUUCUGGAAUUCUUUGUAAAAACGUACCAGGUUUGUCAGAAAUCCACAAGAGGGCACUUAUUAAUCCAGCAAAUGUUGCCGGUGGAAGAAAACCGUGUUCAAAUGAGAGAAAUAUCAAACAGAUGGACUUUAGUGCAUGGGGACAAUAAGACUGUUAUACAAGACAACACACGGAUAUACGACUGCGUCCUCAAAGAUAAACUUAUAAACAAUCUGUAGAUCACUUAUUUGUGAUAGCAUUUCUGAAACAUUCCUUAAUCAUGUUAAUAUAAUAGUUCUAACUUAUUGUAUUUCAUAUUUUUUUUAACUUGUCAUCGCAUUUCUGUAGUAAUUCUUAUUAUAUUGUAAUUCAUAUUUAUAUUAAAAUUUCACUUGCUAAGUUGUCAUAGCAUUUUUGAAAUAUUCUUACUAAAGUGUAUUUCAUAUGUCUACAUACCUGCCAACUGUCACUAUUUGCGGGGGAUUUCCCCCAUGGUGGCUCCCAAAUAGAAAUUUUUAAAUAGCAAUUAUGUCCAGUUUUUACAAAACAAUUAAUUUUACAAUAAAUUGAGGCUUAUAAAAGUAUGGAGACGCCAGAAAACAACAUUACACUGUAUUUGAAGGCUCCCUUGAAGGUCCCUUGAGUAUGCCAGCCAUCUUGCACGCAAAACCCCCAUUGGCAUUUUGAAAACUUGGCAGAUAUGUGUCUUCAAAUAAAAGUUUGUUUUGAAUUUGAAACAAAAACAAAUAUAAUUUAUAAAUUGACCAAGGAUCGGUUAAAUAUUGUUGAUUAUAUUUAUUCAUA